UUAGGGUAUCUUUUGCCUAACACACUUCUCCUGAUUCCUGACGCCACCUUCCCCAACAACCCCCAAAUAUUAUUAUUCCGUUUAUAAAUAAACCCUCCACACUCCAAUUCACUCACCUCUUGAUUUCUCCGCUAACUGCAUUUCGCCUCUGUGUCAACAAUCAACAUGUCGUCAUUCACACUUCCUACCCAAACCAUGGUCAGAACCUCACCCCAAACCAUGGUCAAAACCGCACCACAAACCAUUGUCAGUGCUUUCUUAAAGUACCCAUCCACCCUUCCGACGGUUAAGAGUAUCUCAAAAACCUUUGGCUUAAAAUCCGGCUCUUCUUUUAGGACAACUGCGAUGGCUACAUACAGGGUUAAACUCGUGACACCUGAUGGUGAACACGAAUUUGAUGCACCUGAUGAUUGUUACAUUCUUGACUCAGCUGAGGCUGCGGGAAUUGAGCUGCCAUACUCUUGCAGGGCGGGUGCAUGCUCAACAUGUGCCGGAAAGCUGCAUACUGGUGCUGUUGACCAAUCUGAUGGGUCGUUUCUUGACGACAACCAAAUGAAAGAGGGUUACUUGUUGACUUGCAUUUCAUACCCGACUGGUGAUUGUGUUGUUCACACACACAAAGAAGGUGAUCUUUACUGAGUUCGAGAUGUUUGUUUGAAAUUAAUGAACGGUUUGUCGUUUAGAGUUGAACUUGUAUUUGGAAUUGGAAAUCCUAGUGUUUCUUGGUAGCAAUAAGCAUUUUAAAUCUUGUCACAUGAUUUUGAUAAAGAAAUUUUGAACGUGUUCCAAA